CUUUUCCUUUCCAUUCUCUCUCAAUCUAAACCAAACCAAAACAAACCAGAGCAACAAUCACACUCUCUCUCUCUCUCUCUCUCGCAAAACCUAGCUUUGAGUACGGACUGUUCUUGCUCAGAAACCCUAAAAAGCCUGCUACAUUCAUAGCGCAUCUCUCUGUAUAUCUAUUACUAUCUCCUUUAUUGCCAUAGCAUCUCCCUCUUCACUUCCAUGCCAUUUCUGCAUCUUUUAUUUUCUUCUUCAUUUCAUUUUUUUUUUUUUUUGGAGUAUCUGAUUCGAUCAUAGGCUCCAAUUCAUUGUCUCUAACCAUACAAACACAACCGAUCAAGAAUUUUAUGAGAUUCCAUUUCUUUUUUGCUUUUUUGACUUAUUUUUAAAUUCUUUAUAUUUCCUUCUCUAGAUAAAAAGAAAAGAAAAGCUAGCGUUAAGUACAACUGGAUUCUCAAUUUCUAAAAUGUUAGAGUGCGGCGGCGGCCACCGCGACUCCUCAGACGGUGAUCUCAGUUUCAAAACUACUAAUUCAACUAACAGUUCAAUGAGCAGCGAAAGUUGUAGCAGCUACAGUCGUUUAUCUUUCGAGCUUCUUACUUCAAGAUCCUCACCGGAAAACCUCACUCUCAAGCCUCACCGCUCCUCCGAUUUCGCUUACUCCGCUAUCCGGUCCGCCACUUUCCGCCGCAAAACUGGUCUCACUUUCCGUGACUUCCGUCUCAUCCGCCGCAUCGGUGCCGGCGACAUCGGCACAGUUUACCUCUGCCGUCUCAAUAGAGAGCACAACAAGAACGAGGAGUAUGAAGAUGAAGACGAGGAUGAUCGGCUGUGCUUCUACGCAAUGAAAGUGGUGGAUAAGGAGGCGUUGGCGGUGAAAAAGAAGGUGCAGAGAGCGGAAAUGGAGAGGAAGAUCUUGAAAAUGUUGGAUCAUCCAUUUUUGCCUAGUUUAUACGCAGAGUUUGAGGCUUCACAUUUCUCCUGCAUUGUAAUGGAGUACUGUUCCGGUGGUGACUUGCACUCUUUGAGACACAAACAACCUCAUAAACGCUUCUCUCUAAGUUCUGCAAGAUUUUAUGCAGCGGAGGUUCUUGUUGCUUUGGAAUACCUUCACAUGCUGGGAAUCAUCUACAGAGACCUAAAGCCUGAAAACGUUCUAGUCAGAUCGGAUGGUCACAUCAUGCUCUCAGAUUUUGACCUUUCAUUAUGCUCAGAUGCAAUCCCAGCCGUUGAAUCUCCGACGUUCUCUCCGGAUUCUACAUCUCCAUCUGCUAGAACCUAUACGCGGUCACACUCUAGCAAAACGUUCUCUUGCCUCCUGAACCGGCUUUUCCGAUCCAAGAAAAUCCAAACCUUGAACCCCAACCGGUUAUUUGUCGCCGAACCUGUAGCCGCUCGGUCUUGCUCCUUCGUUGGGACCCAUGAAUAUGUCGCCCCAGAAGUCGCCGCCGGUGGGUCCCAUGGCAACGCUGUUGACUGGUGGGCCUUUGGAAUUUUUAUCUACGAGCUCAUUUAUGGACGUACUCCGUUUGCAGCUCCAUCAAAUGAACUUACACUGCGUAACAUCGUGAAAAAGCCCUUGACUUUUCCUACCCAUACUCCUUACUCUUCGCUUGAGCACCACGCGCGAGACUUAAUUUCCAGGUUGUUGAAUAAAGAUCCGAAUAACAGACUCGGGUCGAAGCGGGGGGCUGCCGAGGUGAAAAGCCACCCAUUUUUUAAAGGGCUAAAUUUCGCCCUUAUAAGGACGGUGACACCACCUGAGAUUCCUGGUUUGAGAAGGCAAAGAACGGCACCAUUUCACCAUGGUAAACCUAAAUCAACGGCGUUCGAUUACUUUUAAGAUCUAGAAGUGCGGAUUAGCGCCACGUGUUUAGCAAUUCCGCCAUAUUUUGCCAUUGGCGGGCCAUAUAUGUGUAUAUUUAAGCCUUUUUUUUUUUCUUUCUUUCUUUUGAUCAUUUGAUCUAUAAACCAUGUUAGGUAAGUUAAUUAACAUGAAAAAUACGCCUAAUUAAUGAUAA